AUGGUAUCAGAGCGUUACCGGAGCUACGCCGCGGCAGUCACGGCGGAGACUGAAACCGGUGAUGAAAAUGGUGGCGAGCAAGCUACGUCAUCCGAUCGCAUUCCGAUGAACUCCAGCCCUGUUCAGCUCGUGGAUGAGCUUCACGAUCCUAUGUACUUGCAUGUGACGGAGAAUCCUAACCUCGUGCUCGUUUCUCCUCCUUUCAAUAAUUCUGGAAAGAAUGUUCCUAAGUGUGUGUUCUGUGGGAAAUUAGGGCACACGAUUGAAAAAUGUUACAAGAAGCAUGGUUUCCCACCAGGGUGGAUUCCAGGUUAUAAGUCUAAGGAUAAACAAGCUCAAGAGACUCAGCCUGCUUCUGUGAACCAAGUUGGAGAUGUAGGCCUUACUGCUGAGCAGUUUCAAAGGCUUGUGAGUCUGUUGCAGAGCCAAAGCCAAGGGGGUCAUUCAUCUAAUAAUGCUGUGACAUUAUCUAACACUGGAAUCAAUUCAGAUUCCAGGAAGGUUGCAGAGAAACAUAAUGAAGGCAAGUUCAUCUUUAAUCCUCAUAUCAAUACUGUGUUAAAUUCUCUUGAUGUUUGGAUUUUAGAUUCUGGUGCAACUGAUCAUAUCACUAGUUCUUUGGACUACUUUGAAUCUCAUUAUGCUGUUCAUGGAGUAUCAGUAAGGCUGCCCAAUGGGGAAACAGUUGAUGUUACUCACAUUGGGAAUAUUAAACUUCACAUGGAUAUGAUGUUGAAAAAUGUGUUGUUUAUUCCAUCUUUUUCCUUUAAUAUUGUUUCUGCUAGCAAGCUGGUAAGAGAAUCAGGAUAUGAAAUUAUUAUAAGGGUUGAUUGCUGUGAUGUUCAGGGCCAUCUUGGGAGGGUGGAUGGUUUUGCUAAAGAAAAGGGAGGAUUAUAUCUGCUCUCCAACCCUCCUAUCAGGAAGAAGGUCCAUUCUGUUCAGUCUGCUAAUGACUCCAAUGUAAUGACUUGUAGUAGUCUUUCUGCUGAGAUAUGGCACAAUAGGCUGGGUCAUUACCCAAUGAAUAAGAUGCAAAUGUUGAAAGGGACUGUCAGAACUGAUAAUGGGAGUGAGUUUAUGAUGCAAGCUUUCUAUAAUGAAAAAGGGAUUGUCCAUCAAAGGUUACCCACUGAGGUUCUGGAUGGCCAGUCUCCCUUCCAAAUGUUAUAUAGAAAAGAUGUUGAUUACAAUCACUUGAGAUCUUUUGGAUGCCUAUGCUUUGCAGCUACUAUUUCACAAGGGAGGAACAAGAUGCAAACAAGAGCCAAGAAAUGCAUUUUCUUGGGAUUUCCUGCUAAUAUAAAAGGGUAUAUGGUGUUUGAUAUGACUGACAGAGCUGUUUUUAUUUCCAGAAAUGUGACUUUUCAUGAGCAUAUUUUUCCCUUCAAAGAAGGAUACUCAGGGACUGGUUCUAGCAAUGCUACACCAGAAAGCCUUGGACCUUCUCUCCCUUUGGUCCCAACAUAUAUUGAAGCAAACUUUGAAGUCCAGCUAGAGAAUCAGCAAACACCAGACAUUCAUGUGGAAGAGAAUCAGCAAACACCAGACAUUCAUGUGGAACUCUCACAGAUCAGAGACUAUUCCAUUGGUCCUAGUCAUGCUUAUGACACACACUCUUGCUCUGAGAAUGAUUUCAGAGACACUGACAAUCAGGCUGAUCAACAGCAGCCUAGGAGAUCUUUAAGAACAAGAAAUCUGCUAUUUCUUCCUCUGAGGAACCACAAUCUUAUCAAGAAGUAUGUGUUGCAUUUGGAAUGGAGACAAGCCAUGGAAGCUGAGAUAAAUGCUUUAAACCAGAACAAAACUUGGAUCUUAACAGAAUUGCCAGCUGGUAAAACCCCCAUUGGUUGUAGAUGGGUGUAUAAAGUGAAGCAUAGAGCAGAUGGCUCUAUAGAGAGGUAUAAGGCCAGGCUGGUUGCAAAGGGUUAUACUCAACAAUUAGGUGUUGAUUACAUUGAGACUUUCUCACCUGUGGCUAGGAUGACCACAAUCAAAACCUUCUUGGCUAUGGCUGCUAUUAAGGGAUGGAACAUUCAGCAACUUGACAUCAACAAUGCUUUUUUACAUGGUGACUUAGAGGAGGAAGUCUACAUGGUAUUACCCCCUGGUUUUAAGAAUGGGAAGCCAAAUCAGGUUUGCAAGCUCAUGAGAUCCCUGUAUGGCCUUAAACAGGCAAGUAGGCAAUGGAAUGCCAAGUUGACUAAAGCUUUACAAGUGUAUGGCUUCCAACAAUCUUCUGCAGAUCCCUCUUUGUUUACUAGACAAACAGGAACAUCUUUCAUUGCCUUGUUGGUGUAUGUUGAUGAUAUCCUUUUGGCAGGAAAUAAUUCUGAUUUUCAGACUCAGACUGGGCAACUUGUGUGGGAUAGUAGGAAAUCUGUGACAGGAUAUUAUUUGAAGGCAACAUUCUCUACUCCAGUAACUUUGUAUUGUGAUAACAACUCUGCCAUUGCUAUUGGUGAGAAAUUUGUCUUCCAUGAACGCACUAAACACAUUGAGAUUGAUUGUCAUGUGAAUCAGACUGCAGAUGGCUUCACAAAAGCCUUGCCUAAGCCCUUGUUUGACAAGUUCCAUGAUAAGCUGGGCCUUCAAGAUCUUCAUGCUCCAGCUUACGGGGGGGUGAUGAAGUAA